CGAGUGCGCGCGUGUGUAUGUGUGUGUGUGGGUGUACAUACAUACAGCACUGUGAGUUGUGGGCAUAUACAUAUACCUGAGGGCAAAGUCUCAUUCAUUUCGACGGGACUCGAUGAUGGAGAAACAGCAAGCAGGACAGCAGCAGAUGGACGGGCCGAUGCGUGUGCUGGUGACGGGUGGCAGUGGGCUGGUGGGCCGAGCGAUAGAGCGAGUGGUGAAAGAAGGAGAAAGAAGAGAAGGAGAAGAAUGGAUAUUCCUGUCAUCCAAAGAUGCCAAUCUUGUGAGUGCUGAAGAGACGAGAGCGGCGUUCGAGAAACAUCGUCCCACACACGUCAUUCAUUUAGCUGCGAUGGUCGGCGGACUCUACAGAAACAUGAGACAGAACCUGGACUUCUGGAGGAGUAAUGUGCACAUUAAUGACAAUGUACUGCACAUGUCCCAUGAGUUUGGAGUGGUCAAGGUGGUGUCCUGUCUGUCCACCUGCGUUUUUCCAGAUAAAACCAAAUAUCCUAUAGAUGAGACUAUGAUGCACGAUGGCGCUCCCCAUGACUCUAAUUACGGUUAUGCCUACGCUAAGCGCAUGAUUGACGUGCACAACAGAGCGUUGUAUCAGCAGUAUGGCAGGAAAUACACAGCCGUCAUCCCGACUAACAUGUUUGGAGCCCAUGAUAACUUCAACAUCGAGGACGGUCACGUGAUGCCAGGGUUGAUCCACAAGACAUACCUAGCUAAGAAGGAAGGUAAACCUCUGGUGGUCUGGGGUUCAGGUCGCGCCCUGCGGCAGUUCAUCUAUUCUCUGGAUCUGGCUCGUCUGUUUGUGUGGGUUCUGAGAGAGUAUGAUGAAGUGGAGCCCAUCAUUGUUUCAGUCAGUGAGGAGGAAGAGCUGACCGUGAAGGAUGCUGUGGAUGCAAUCGUUGAAGGUUUCGAGUUCAAGGGUGAAGUGAUUUAUGACACCAGUAAGUCAGACGGUCAGAUCAAGAAGACCGCUAAUAACGGGAAACUGCGCAAAUACCUGCCAGACUUCAAGUUCACUCCAUUCAAAGAAGCCGUCAAGGAGACGUGUGAUUGGUUCGCAGCUAAUUAUGACACCGCCCGCACAUGAAGAUGCUCACUUCUUAUUGGCUGUGAGGAGUUUGAAUGCUGUUUAAUGCUGGAAAUGAAACAAAGACUGAUCGAAUCGUUUUAAAAGGCAACUUUUUCGUCACGUUUUUAAUAUAUACUAUGCAUUAUGUUGUGUUUGGCGUUGUACAAUCUCGUUGUUAUUGGUCUGUAAAUCAGGGUAUGUUUUGGGUUUAUUUCCGGAUGAUGUACCGUUGAUAUACUUUCAAAAUAUAUUACAUUUAAAGUAA